AUGUCUCGAAGGAUCCCGUUUGGAAGUGGUGGAAGAAGGCAGACCGACCCUCCCAACCUCUGUCUCCACUUAAUCACGUUCGGCGACUCACGCGGCCAACCGCACAUACCCAUGCCCGUGAUCCUCCAUUUCGACCUCUCCGCAGCGCAAGCACCACCGCGCCACCUCUUGGAAGCCUACACCGGCGCCUCCCCCGAGAUAGCCGACACCUUUUUCGCGAUCCCAGGACACGAAGCGAACUACCAGAACUCGUUGCGGGAAUUGGAAGACCGGCUCGGAGACCGGCUCGCAGGCCCGCCCUGUGCCUGCGUGGCCGUCUUGGUGAACUGCAGGGCGGGUAUGCAUCGCAGCGUAGCGAUGGCGGAGCGACUGGCGGGAGAUAUAGAAGAUGCGUGGAGGGAUGAUGGGGUGAUCGUAGUGGUAGAGCAUCUGGAUACGGAUGUGGAGCGUGGAAUUCGACGGGCGCAGAGGGCUAGGGCCGGGGGUGAAGGCUAUCAUGCUGGAUAUCUCGCGGGAAGAUACAGUAGGUACCAGAGGAUAAGGCGAAAUGUUAUUAGCAGAAGUUGA